AUGAAUCCUUUAUCUCAAAUCAACCAACAUAUUGUCUUUCGUCGAUUGUUAUCUACUGAUGAAAAAAUUUUGACGACAUUUCUCGAAAGUCUUAGUCAACGUACACGUCAUUAUUGUGUUUAUCCAAGUUAUGAUAAAAAAACAGCAGAAUUAUUUUGUAAUGAAGAAAUAAAUAGAAAUAAUGAUAAAUUACGAUUAAUUGCUUUGAUUAAUAAAAAUACAAUAGUAGCUUUAUUUAAUAUAACAUUAUCUAUUCGUAAUGAUGAAUAUGAACGUUUUCGUAUUAAUCAUAAGAUUGAAUUGAAUAAUAAUAAUACGGCACGAUUAAGUCCAUGUAUUACUGAUAAUUAUCAAAAUAAAUAUCUUGGUAAUUAUUUAAUGGAAAAAGUAAUCGAUAUUAUACGACAAAUGGAUAAACGUUAUGUGAUUCUAUCUGGUGGUGUACUUGUAGAAAAUACUCGAGCUAUUCAUUUUUUUGAAAGAAAUAAAUUUAGAUUAUUUUCAACAACUUUUUUAAGUCAUGAUGGAUAUGAAUGUAAAGAUGGUCUUAUUGAAAUUGACUCACAAUAA